CACAUCUAUCUAUAUCUAUGUACUCACUCUAUGCUCCACUCAGCUUUAACUUUCUUCAUCACACUAUAAAGUCUUCCUAUCACCUCUCUCUUUCUAUCAACUCAACUUAAUCCAAUCACUUUGGAACUCAGUUCCAUUUCUUCUUCUUAAUAUUCAACAAACUUACCAAACUUGUUUUGGUUUCCAAUAACAUAUUAUAUAAUGGCAACUUCUGUGACAAUUGUUGGAGCCAUUAACAUGGCACAGUUGAAAUUGAAUGGCUCUAGCAGUGGAGUUCCUAUGACAAAUUCAGCAUUUUUUGGAACAAGCCUUAAGAAAGCGAGAUCUGCGAUUUCCAGCCAGAAGAGUUUGUCUGGUAAUUUUAAGGUUUCGGCAAAAAUUGACUAUAAUGAGGAGAAGCAGACCUCAAAGGACAGAUGGGCUGGGCUUGCUUAUGACACCUCGGAUGACCAACAGGAUAUCACUAGGGGAAAGGGAAAGGUGGACAGUGUCUUUCAAGCUCCAAUGGAUGCUGGAACUCACUAUGCUGUCAUGAGCUCCUAUGAUUAUAUCAGUACUGGUCUUCGCCAGUACAAUAUGGACAACACAGUUGAUGGCUUGUAUAUUGCACCUGCAUUUAUGGACAAGCUUGUUGUUCACAUCACUAAGAACUUUCUCAACUUGCCAAAUAUUAAGAUUCCUCUCAUAUUGGGCAUUUGGGGAGGCAAAGGUCAAGGAAAGUCAUUUCAAUGUGAGCUUGUAUUUGCCAAGAUGGGAAUCAGCCCUAUAAUGAUGAGUGCCGGAGAAUUGGAAAGUGGAAAUGCAGGAGAGCCUGCAAAGUUGAUUAGGCAAAGGUACCGUGAGGCGUCCGACAUUAUCAGAAAAGGAAAGAUGUGCUGUCUCUUCAUCAAUGAUCUUGAUGCAGGAGCUGGUAGAAUGGGUGGCACUACUCAAUACACAGUCAACAACCAGAUGGUAAAUGCAACCCUCAUGAACAUUGCUGACAACCCUACCAAUGUUCAACUUCCCGGUAUGUACAACAAAGAAGAGAAUGCCCGCGUCCCUAUCAUCGUCACUGGCAAUGACUUCUCUACGUUGUAUGCUCCUUUAAUUCGUGAUGGACGUAUGGAAAAAUUCUACUGGGCACCUACUCGUGACGAUAGGGUUGGUGUCUGUCAAGGUAUUUUCAGGACAGAUGGUGUCCCUAAGGAUGACAUUGUCAAGAUUGUCGACACAUUCCCUGGACAGUCAAUUGAUUUUUUUGGUGCCUUGAGGGCGAGAGUGUAUGACGAUGAGGUCAGGAAUUGGAUAUCUGGUAUCGGUGUGGAGAGUAUUGGGAAAAGGCUUGUGAAUUCAAAAGAGGGACCUCCAACUUUUGAGCAACCAAAGAUGACUAUUGACAAACUACUAGAGUAUGGAAAUAUGCUUGUCCAAGAACAAGAGAAUGUGAAGAGGGUCCAAUUAGCUGACAAAUACCUUAGUGAGGCAGCUCUUGGAGAUGCAAAUGACGAUGCUAUCAAGACUGGAAACUUCUAUGGACAAGGAGCUCAGCAAGUUCCUUUACCUGUCCAAGAAGGUUGCGCUGACCCUUCUGCAGAAAACUAUGAUCCGACAGCCAGAAGUGACGAUGGAAGUUGCACAUACACUUUUUAGUUGAUUCUUAAGUUUGUAAGGCGAGUGAUGCAUUUCCUGGACCCAACUCACCUUUACAGUUUGGUUAUGCUUUAAUCCAAGACACUGUGUUUAAAAGGGAUAUCAAUGAUGACAACCAUGUUGGAAUUGACAUCCACAGCAUGAUGUGCAAUACUUCUGCAGCAGCAGGGUUCAAUCAAACAAGAUCUCAAUCUCAAAAGUGGGAAACUGAUUCUAAAUUUGAUUGAUAAUUAUGAUUUUGCUCAAAGUACAAAUCUAGACAUACAAGAUAUAGCCCCUUGCACCACCUCUAGUAUGCAUCAUCCCUUACCUCAUACAAACCACCAUAGUGACAUACAACCACCAAACACUUAUGUUGACAUUUUAUUUCUUGCAUUCUCGUUGCUUUUCAUCAUUUCUAUUUCAAUUACACUCCAGCCAUACCAGUUGUGCAUUCAUAGUUUCUUGUAUUAGUUGGAUUUUUCUUCACCAAGAGUUUGUAUUUUGUCUUUUUGGAAACAUUCACAAUACUGCAAUUUGUUUCUAAUAAAUAGAAUACUUUCUUUCUGA